AUGAAGAUAGCUUCAUUCAAUGUGCAGAGGUUUGGACUGGCCAAAGUCUCAGAUCCAGAUGUCUUAUCAACUCUGGUUAAGAUUGUGUCUCGAUAUGACAUCAUAUUGAUUCUUGAAGUGGUGGAUGUGAGCGGAAAUUCUGUUAAAGUGCUCAUGGAAGAACUGAACAGGAUCAACACGACCCAUCACUAUUCUCUGCAGAUCAGUACUCGCCUAGGAAGGAACAGAUACAAGGAACAAUUUAUGUUUCUCUACAGGGAUGAUGCAGUCAACUUGAUUGACAGCUUUCAAUAUGAAGACAACCAGGUGAAUGACAUGGAUGUUUUUGCAAGAGAGCCGUAUAUUCUCCAUUUCCAACCACGCAACACGGUGCUGAAGGAUAUAGUGCUGAUCCCGGUCCACACCAGACCACAGGACUCAGAGAAAGAGCUGGAUGAGCUGUAUGAGGUCUUCCUGCUGGUCAAAAACAAAUGGAAAACUGAUAACAUAAUGAUCUUGGGGGACUUCAAUGCAGAUGGCGCGUAUGUCACACGUAAAGAAAUGAAGGAGAUCCGUAUUCGCAGCGACAAGAAUUUCCACUGGCUGAUUGGUGAUGACGUGGACACCACUGCAAAUACAUCAAAUGAACACACCUACGACAGGAUUGUUGUGUAUGGAGAAGACAUGCUGGCAGCCAUUGUGCCAAACUCAGCCAAGGCAUUCAAUUUCCACACAGAGUUUGCUAUGACAGAAAGAAUGGCCUUGAGAGUGAGCGAUCACUAUCCUGUUGAGGUAGAAUUACGUAGUGCUCCUCUUUUCUGGGUGACAAAGAGCGACCAAACACUUGACAUCGUUGAUACCGAGCAUGCAGUUGACAGGACUGUCACAGAGAGGAUGCAGGCUGAUGUGCUGAAACUCCAGAAGGAAAACCUCCUGCUGGUGCGAGAAAAACUUCAACUUCAGAUCUCCCUAUUGAAAAGGGAACUUGCUAAAUUGGAAAUUGAAGAAUGA